AUGGGGGUCCGGAGCCCCACUCCUGAGGGAGAUUUUGUCUGCAGGGGCAGCAGGCCUCGGCGGGACGUCCCGUCUUUGGGGGGGCCGUGGUGGGUGCCGGGGGUGCUCCCCAGCCCCGCCGAGGCUCUGCUGGGCAGAGCCCAAAGGCCGCCUGUGGCAGCCACCCACGCCGUCAACGGGAACCCCACGGUCCCUUCAUUCCCAGCGGAGACACAGAUGGCAAUUUUUGGCAUGGGGUGCUUCUGGGGAGCGGAGCAGCUCUUCUGGAAGAUGCCGGGGGUCUUCUCCACCCAGGUGGGCUACGUGGGAGGCUUCACCCCCAACCCCAUCUACAAAGAAGUGUACACAGGGCUGACGGGGCAUGCCGAGGUGGUGAGGGUCAUCUUCAAUCCCUGGAAGCUCAGCUACAAGGAGCUUCUCAAAGUCUUUUGGGAGAUCCAUGACCCCACACAAGGCAUGCAGGAGGACCUGAGCACCCAGUACCGCUCCGUCAUCUACACGCUGGGCCCCCAGCAGCAGGCAGCUGCCCUCCGCAGCAGGGAGGUGUACCGGCAGUCCGGGGGGGCCGUGUCCGAGUGUCUGGCGGUCCGGGGGGGCCGUGUCCGUGGGUCUGGGCGGUCGCCGGGGCCGCCGGCGGGCGAAGGCUGCAGCCCCGCGCUCUCCCGCCAGGGGGCAGUGCCGGGCCGCGCCCGCUCCCGGCCGCCAGGGGGCAGCGUCGGCGCAGGUAGCGCGCGCCUGCACGGCGCGUACCUACGGUACAUACGGUGCUCUGGAACAAGCCUUGUGUUCACUCUGGCCCCUAAUGAUAACAAGCAGGGAGCGCCCUUUAGCCCGCAGUGCUGGAUGCUGCCUGCAGGCUCAGUCGGGCCGGGCUCGCCCUGA